UAUGCAAUAAUAGUUUGAAGGUUAUCUGCUUCUCCAUAAUAUAGCAAAGCCUAAAAAUAUAGGCACUAUUAUCAGGUAUUAAUUCUAUCAAAGAUAAAUAGAAAUGCUGCAGCAUUUAAUCUAAAUAAAAUUUUUAUGAUUGGUAAACAAGGUUAAACAAAAAAGAAAUUUUAAAUUGCUGAUGGAUUUUCUUUUUUUGGUAAUCAUGGAACUUUUGAAUAAAUGAAUUUUCAUCUUUUUACUAAUUUAAAAGAAGCAAAAGAUUAUUUUGUACAAAACAAUAUAUUUGUUUGUGGUGUUGAAAUUGGUGAAGGCUCUUAAAAUAUUGUCACAAAUCCUUUUAAGGGUAAUACAGUCUUCUUUCUUGGAAAUGAAGUAAAUAAAUAAAAAAACCAAUAAAAUAGGGUACAGGGUUGAUACCAGAACAUAAAGCUAUUUGUGAUCAUUUUGUGUAUAUUCCUUAAUACACUUAAAAAACUGCUAGUCUAAAUGUUGGUGUUGCAUCAGGAAUAAUAUUUCAUCAUUUUGCAUGUAAAUAUUUAAUAAAUUUACUUUAGUAUGGGCAGGAUUCUAAGAAUAAUAGGUAGAAGGGGAGAAAUUCUUAGAUCCAGAAAAAUAAAAAGAGGAAAGAGAAAAAAAGAAAUAAGAGAUGAUUGAAUAGGGUAGAGAAAGAAAGAAAUAAAAAAUAGAAUAAUAAUAAUAAUAAUAAUAAUAAUAAUAAUAAUAAUAAUAAUAAUAAUAAUAAUAGAAUAAUCAUCCAUAAAAUAAAAAUGAUAAUAAUGAUAAUGAAUGA